UUUAGGGUUUCCAUCCUCCCCCAUUCCCCCAUCCCCACGCCGCCGCCGCCGCCGCCGCCCGCCAUGAUCGGCGACGACGACCACCCCACCACCCCGCCGCCCUCUCCGCCGCCACCGCCACCGCCGCCGAUCGCGCCAGCUCCGUCCCCGAGCCUCGGCCUGGGGAGGCGCCUGCUCGGCUCCAUCCGGGCCCUCUCCUCCGCCAUCGCCCUGCCCUCCACUCCCGCUGCCGCAUCCUCCUCCUCCUCCUCCUCGCCCAGCCUCGGGCUCAGCCUCCUGCUCCACCUCAAGCCCGACCUCCACCUCCACCACCAGGAACCCCCUCCACCCUCGACCCCCGCCUCCGCCUCCGCAUCCGCCUCCCUCCUCCGCCACCACCAGGACCACGACCAGGAGCAGGACCAGGCCGCUCCAGCCCACGCUCCCAGGGCCAAGAGGGCUCUCCACCUCCUUCCUCAAACCCCCACGACAUCGCCAUCGCUCGCUCCUUCCGCUGCCGCUGCCGCUCAUGCUCAUGGGCUGGGAUUUAGUACCCAGGACCAGGAUGGCUAUGAUGCUGUCGCUGUGGAAGGUCAGGAGGUGCUGGAGCAAGGUGGUGUCGUUGCAGCUGGAAUCAUCGGUCAAGGCACACAAGAUGCCACUGCUGUUGCUGUCGCUGUUGCUCUUGAUGAUGAUGAUCAGGAGAAGAAGCCACUGGGGCAAUGUACUAGUACCACCUCUUCCUAUUGUGAAGAACUGAGAACAACAACCAUGGAGACUGAUGUUGCUAAGGAUGAUCAAGAGGCAGUGGAGCAAGGUGUCAUUGUUGAACAAGAGGGCGCACCCAUGGAUGAUGCCAUUGCUGUUGAUGAUGAUGAUCAGGAGGAGAAGCCACUGGAGCAAUCUAGUACCACUUAUGGUGACUUGGGAACAGCCAUGGAGAAUGAUGCUGCUGCUGCUGCUGUGCAAGUUCAAGAGCAAGUGGUGGAGCAGCAAGAUGCCACCCAGCCAAGGGAUGAAGAUACUGCUGCCGAGGGACAAGAGACGCCGGGAGCUCAUCAGCCGGGAUCAACUGAGAAUGCUGAUGAUGCUGUGCAAGUUCAAGAGGAAGGUGAAACCGCAGAUGCCACUGCUGUACAUGACCAUGACAAGGCAGUGGAGCAAUGCACCACUGCUGAUGACUUGGGAACAACCAUGGAGAAUGAUGUUGCUAAGGAUGAUCAGGAGGUGCUGGAGCAAGGUGUCAUUGACCAAGGGGAUGCAAGUACCAUAGAUGCUGUCAAAGAUCAUGAGGUGCUGCUGCUAGGUGCCGUGGAAGGAACGCGCGCUACCACAGAUGGCAUUGCUGCUGUCGAGGAUCAAGGGAAGAAUGUGGAGCAAUGUACCACUUAUUCUGACCUGGGAACAACCAUGAAGAAUGAUGAUGCUGUGGAUGACAAGCAGGUGGUGAAGCAAGGUGCUGUCGAUUUAACCAUGGAUGAUGAUGCUUCUGUUGAAGAACAAGAGGUGGUGGAGCAAGGCGUUGUUGAUUUAACCAUGGAUGAUGAUGCUUCUGUUGAAGAACAAGAGGUGGUGGAGGAAGGCGUUGUUGAUUUAACCAUGGAUGAUGAUGCUUCUGUUGAAGAACAAGAGGUGGUGGAGGAAGGCGUUGUCGAUUUAACCAUGGAUGAUGAUGAUUCUGUCAAACAUCACAAGCAGCAAGGUAUCAUUGACGGAACCGAUGACAUUGCUGUUGAGAAACAAGAGAAAGUGCUGGAGCAAUGUUCAAGAGCAACUACGGAUCAGUACACUGUCAGAGAAAAGGAGAUGGUGGUGGAACAAGGCGUCAUUGACCCAAAGUACAUGGAUCUUGCCACGGAAGAUCAGGUUAAGUUGUCGAUCAUAGACGACCAUGGUACAGUGCCCAUGGAUAAUAUUGUGGUGAAAGACCAGGAUAAGGCAGUGGUGCAAUAUGCCAGCGAUGCAAUAGUAACAAUCAAGGAUGAGAGUCCUGUGGAGGAACAUGAUACAGUGGGGAAUCAAGGUGUCAUCGACAAAAAUGGCAGAACCAAGGAUGAUAUUGAUGUGGAGGGACAUGGCUAUGUGAAUGAACAGGUCAUCGUCGAUAACUGGGGUACAUCCAGUGAUGCUACUGCUUUGGAAGGUCAGAAGAAUGAGGCUGAGCCACGCAUCGGUGAUGAACAGAUAGCAGGCAAGGACAUGGAUGGUGUUCAUGCUGAGGGGAACAUGUUGGAGCAAAGGACCAGCGAUAAACAGGGAGCAACACAGUCUGAUUUCACUGUUGAUAAGCACAAGGAUGUAGCGGAGUGUGUCCGCCAUGAGUGGGGUGCACCUGAGGAUGAUCUUGCUAUGGACAGGACAGCUUACCAAGGUACCAGAGAUUGGGGUAUAGUUAACAAGGAGAAGGUUAAGCUGCCUGCGGAUGAUCGUGCUAUGGACACGGCAGCUUAUCAAGGUACCGGAGAUUGGGGUAUAGUUAACAAGGACAAGGUUAAGCUGCCUGAGGAUGAUCGUGCUAUGGACACGGCAGCUUAUCAAGGUACCGGAGAUUGGGGUAUAGUUAGCAAGGAGAAGUAUACGUUGCCUGCUAGAAGAUAUCCACAGAAGCCCAGAAAACUUAACUGCCCCUCUUACAUGUCAAAAGGGACCUGCACAUACGGGCCCUCAUGCCACUUCAAUCACCCACCGCAGCUUAAAUCUAGGUCAGAUGAAUCAUGGCGUCCCUCUGAACGAAGAAACCAUGGCGCUGCAGAAAUUCUGGAACUGAACCGCCUUGGCCUUCCCAUUCGUGAAGGAGCAAGAAACUGUGACUACUAUAUGCGAACUGGUGCUUGCAGAUAUGGCAAAAACUGCCAUUUUAACCAUCCAGACCAUGUCAUUGAUGCUCAGUUUAGUCCACCAACAGGGUGGGAGGAUAAUGCUUUGCAAAUGGAGAAAUCUUCUGAUCAUACAUUAGAUGAGACAUCACGCAUGAAGAAAUCUUCCGAUGGUGCGACCUUCGAUGACAGAUCACACAUGAAGAAAUCUUCCGAUGAUGCGACCUUAGAUGACAGAUCACACUUGAAGAAACCUUCCGAUGGUGCGAUCGUAGAUGACACAUCAUACUCAAAGAAGUCUUCUGACCAUGAGAACUCUUCUAGCUCUGGUGUCCUGCCACCAAGCAUAUUUAGAAUGCUUCUACCUCCCCAAAAAGUACUGCCUGGCACGGAAGGAAAGGCGAAAAAGAAGUCAGACUGGUCAUCAGACGAUUCCGAUGGUUGCUGUUCAGCAGAUAGUUCAGAUGGACCUUUGUGCAAGCAGGGGGAGCACGUGGAUUACCCUGAGAGGCCUGGCAGACCAGAAUAUCACCGCCCAAAACAGUCAAAAUACAAAGAAGAGGUAAACUAUCCCGAGAGGCCUGGCAAACCAGAUUGCCCCUUCUACAUGAGAUUUGGUGAUUGUAAAUUUGCAUCAGCGUGCAACUAUCACCACCCAAAAGACAAAUACCCAGCUGGGAGACCUGAUGAACCAGAAUGCCCAUUCCUUAUGAAGCGUGGGUACUGUAAACUUAGGGCACAAUGUAAGUUUUAUCACCCAGAGGCUUCGAGCCCAACAGAUGCAAAAAGAUCUGUUACCACUGAUGAACAUCAUCCAUCUACAAGAACCACAUUACAAGACUAUAUGCUUCCCCAGCAACCGCAGUAUCCUGAGAGGCCUGGUCAGCCAGAGUGCCGGUACUACUUGCAGUUUGGGAAAUGCAAAUAUCUGUCUGCAUGUAUAUUUCACCAUCCAAAAGAUAGACUUGCAGCUCACUCUGAUCAGAUUGGACCUGGCAUGCCAGAUUGUCCUUUCUAUAUGAAAGCUGGGAAAUGUCAAUUUGGAUCAGCAUGUGAAUUUCGUCAUCCCAAAGAUAUACAUUCAAGUUCAACUGCAGAGGAAGCAUUUGAUAAGAGAAGUGGGUCGGGGGCGUAUGAUAGUUUGACAAGGUCAGAUAAUGGCGUGGAGCAACAAGAAGAGAGCAUCAUGUAUCCUGAAAGGCCAGGUGAACCCGAGUGUAACCACUACAUGAGGCAGGGGUACUGUAAGUUCCAGAUGAACUGCAAGUACCAUCAUCCAGGAGACCGGCUGUCUAAGAAACAGUAUGUAUUGAAGUCAUCCGCAGCGACCACUUGAGCAAAGCAGGGACACGCUGGUUACCGCACGAAUGCUACCAACAGAAAGCAUUGUCUUGAUGUGUGAGCAGGUGUUGUUAGAGCAGGCUGGCUGGCUCAAGUGUGGGCGUGACUGACGACUGAAGAGAGGAGUAGGAGGAUUCUGAUGAAUGAACCAAAGCUUGGAGCUAAUAUAAUCGUCGUAGUUUUUCUGGGAGCGAGUAGUUGCUAGUUAUGUCUGAUGAAUGAACCAAAGUUUGAGAGUUAGGCGGUUGCAACAUACUCUAUUUGUGUGGACCAGGCCAGGCCAGGCAAUCAUGAAUUUGCAAACUGUAAUCUAGCAAAGGUGUAGCAUGAAUGAACACCGAUGAGAUGAGAUUACUAGUACUAGUUAAUUAGCAUGAUGAUGUGGUGAGGAUGCACUCAUUUUAUUUUGACACUUUUUAAGGAAGCUUAGCUUUCUUGAAUCAUUUCAUUCUUGUUA